UUGAAGCAACUGCUCAGCGAAGCACUUCAAAGCAAUCCAAGGAGGCAUUUCUAUCUGGAAAUAACAGGACCAUGAUUUCUGCAUUCCAAUACAGCCUUUUCCUCUCCUUCUGCCUAGCGGUAUGUCAGGAAUCUCAGGCUUCCCAGAACUGCAUGAACAAACAGCAACUUCUGGCUUCCAUCCGCCAAAUGCAGCAAUUGCUGAAGGGGCAGGAAACACGAUUUGCAGAUGGCAUCCGCAUCAUGAAGCACCGACUGACGACUCUCCAAAAUUCAGUGACUAAAGCUACACCGGACCUCCAAACUGUGUUCUGCCCUCCACAAGAAGCCCCUCCAAACGGCAAAAGAUUCGGCAGCAAGAACAUGGUAGACCAUGAAGUACAUUUCACCUGUGAUGCUGGAUUUCAGCUUGUUGGUUCCAGCUCUCGAGUGUGUCAGCUAAAUGGCAGCUGGACUGGAGAAUUUCCUCAAUGCAAAGGUAUCAGCAAAUGCAGAAAUCAUCUAUGCCAGAAUGGUGGGACAUGCAUAGAUGGAGUUGACCAGUACAAAUGCAUUUGUCUACAGGAGUGGACUGGUACCAAUUGCCAGUAUCAAACACAGACAGUGCCACCAGCAUGGAGCGUCACAAAUGAUCCAGCUUUUAGUCGCAAGCCACGCUGUGCCAAAUUUGACCGGAUGCAACAUUGCAGCUGUGAAGCAGGAUUCCAUAUGAGUGGCACUGCAGAAAACAGCAUAUGUCAGGAUGUGAAUGAAUGUGAAGUUUACAAGGUGGAGGGAGCCCCUCGUCUCUGUAUGCACACCUGCAUCAACAUUCCUGGCUCAUACCACUGCUCCUGCCCCAGUGGGUACAGGGUCUUCAGUGAUGGGAAAAGCUGUGAAGAUAUAGAUGAAUGUGGUCUCUCGCUGCACAACUGCACAAGAGGAACAAUGUGCAUUAACACAGGAGGAAGCUUUCAGUGUGUUAGCCCGGAGUGUCCCAAGACUAGCGGAAAUGUCAGCUACGUUAAAACAUCGCCAUUUCAAUGUGAGCGGAACCCAUGUCCAAUGGACAGCGGAUCAUGCCACCACGCCCCAAAGACCAUCUCGUUCCAUUACCUCCCCCUGCCAUCUAACCUCAUCACUCCCACUCCUCUCUUCCGCAUGGCAACUGCUUCAGCUCCUGGACGGCCCGGCCCAGACAGCUUGCGUUUUGGCAUCGUGGGAGGAAACAGCCAAGGUAAUUUUGUGAUGCAGCGUUCAGACAGGCAGACUGGAGAACUCAUUCUAGUUCAGAGCCUCCAGGGUCCUCAGAACGUGGAAGUGGAAGUGGACAUGUCAGAAUACCUCGACCGCACCUUCCAAGCUAAGCAUGUCUCAAAGAUAACCAUCUUUGUCUCACCUUAUGCAUUCUAAAGGAACUUUUUACACCGAUGAGGAAAUAACUAGGUCACAGACUGUUCUUGCUGAUUGUGGACUACAUCGCAAAAGCCAGGAUUCAUGUUGAGAUUCUGGCUUUCUGGGUACUUGCUCAUUUUGCCAGCCAAUAAUUCCCAGCACUACAAUAAU